AUGGCGGGCAGCGAUGGAUGGCACCCUCCGCGCCCGCUCGCGUCGUGGUGUGCGAUGUGGAGGCGGAUGCGGCGAAGAGACGCCUGUUCGGGAUGUGGAUGGGUGGGCCGGCAAGGGCCGAGCGGGGCGGAUGCGCUGGGCUCAAGGCGAGACAGGGCCUCGGCUGGGCCAUGUCUGGACGACGACUCCCAAGCUUGUCUCUCCUCACAGUCUGUGUCCGCCGACGCCCCUUCUGUCUCUCUCCUUCUCAGAGGAAUGGGCUUGUCUACUAUCCGCGACGUUAUCGGCGAACUCAACCGUCAGGCCGCUGAGCACCAAUACCAUCGUCUGCUUCUCAUCAAACAGAUCACUACAGACCCCUCGUACCAGGCGAGUCCGCUUCUGCACACCUCCCAUUCCUCCAAGUGCCAAUCGUGACCAGUUCCUGCCUCUUCUCCAGCGCGAAGUCAAGCGAUUCCAGGAGAACUAUGGCCGGGACUCGUUUCAGUAUGGAUCCGAUGGUUGGCGCGUUCUCGUCCACCCUUCGGCCGACGUGGAUGGCCCGCACUUCAGCCCUGCCGUGAGCUCGCUCAUGAACCAGGUCCACAUGAACGAGGCGACGCUGUCUUGCAUUCGCGCACGCAUAGAUGCCCUCUCGACAUUCCUCAUCCCCGUCUUGCGCCUCCCUCGCGAGGUACUUGAGCUGAUUUUCAAAGUGGGGAGCCGCAUGCCGCAGGACGAUCCCAUCCUAGGAUCAUCAAUACCUCGCCCGUUUCCGCUCGUCGUCGCCGCUGUCUCCCGCCAAUGGCGCGAAAUCGCGCUCAACACCCCCGAUCUCUGGACAAACAUCGUAAUCAAACAUCCACGGCCGUUCGGGUGGAUUCCGCUUUGUCUCCAGCGCUCCUGCGGCCAGCCCAUAGACAUAACCAUAGACACGCGCUCAACCCCUCUCCUCAACACUACGGCAGUCGACCAGCUUAUAGCCCGAUUCCUCCCACAUAUCCAACGAUGGCGUCGAUUCGCGCUCACAACUUCCGACCCAGCUACAAUUUACGCCGUCGGUGGCCGCCUUGCCAACGCCAGCGCUCCCAUGCUCCGCCACCUACAGCUCUCCCUCUCCGGGUCUUCGGGGAACCAGGAGGUCCUCCUUCACGAGAUCCUCCAGGGCGGCGCCGACGCUCUCACUUCCGUCCGCUUCGACUCGCUCUCCACCCCAUGGUCCGCGCCGCCCCUCCAUAACCUCGUCGCACUCGACCUCCGCUGGCUCUGGCACCAAACCAGGCUCCAGUACGAGCAGUUCCGGAGUGUUAUUGCCGCGUCGCCCAACAUUCGUGCGCUCAUCCUCCGGGGGACAUACAUCCACCUUCACGCCGGUCGGGCGUACCCGCCGCUCCACAUCCCCACGCUCCGCUACCUCGAGCUCUCCGGCGACACCGUAUGCAGGAUGUCGUCCCUGCUUGAGACCCCGAACCUCCAGGAGCUCACGCUCGCCAAUCUCGAUGAGACCGAGUUCCGCGAGUUUGUCGCUUCGCUUCCCCUCCCCACCGACACCUCCGCAGCAGCUUCCGCAUCCCCUUCUGGGUCUGCGACCGGACUGGGGCGCUACCCCGCCCUGCGCAACCUCUCCCUCCUCAAUGCCUCGAUGUGCACCCCCACGCGGCGGUUCACCCGCGCUCUACCCACAAUCACACACCUCACCGUUAUCAACUCCGCGACAUCCAAGUUCCUCCAGCUCUUCCGCAAAGAACACGCCGGGCCCGAUGCGCACGGGUAUGGGUACGGGCACUCGCACUCGCAUUCGGAGGGAGUGCUGAGCUGGCCGCAUUUGAAGAAGCUGACGCUCGUCGACGACGAGGUCGACUACUUCUUGCUGCACGGAGUCGUGAGGGAGCGUGCGGCGCUGGGCGCGCCGUUGGACCGGCUGAUCCUGAACGCGCCGUUCAUACAUGAUGACCAGCUAGUGGCGACGCUGGAGGAGUGUGUGAACGUGGACAUUGUGAAGGACGUCGACCUCGAUCAUUAGCGCCCUUUGUUUCGGGGCUGCAGAGGUCAGGGAGGGGUAGGAGUAGGUGGGUGCUCCAUUGACAUCGUUGGCGCUGUUCUUUGAGCCAACAUCCCAUAUACUCGGUCGUGUACUGACUUGCAUUGUGUAGCGCUACAUUCUAGUUCUGGUUUCCAUUCUCUCUGCCCGGUCUUGUUUACACCCUCCACGUCAUUGUGUACCGCUGUCUCCAUAGGAUUCUCUCACCCUCACGUAUCAUGUUUCUCGUCAUUGGCAUUGGGUAUGCUGUACAUUCAUGUACUAUACGUUCAGCUAGGGAUCAACACGCACUAUUCC